AUGCCGUCGGAGCUUUCAGCCAGUGCACAUAGCUCCCAACCCAAUGAAACCCCACAACUUUCCCCUCCUAGCGGCAGCUCUGGUGUUCCCACACCUGCAGCAGCCAAAGGAGCUUCUACCGAUGAGACUUCCGAUGUGGUGAGGGAGACAUGCGCGGCAGUAUCUGCUUACUAUCGUCGUAUGUUCCUAGAUGCGCUAAGCACUGUUGAGGGCCACAAGCUGUUGGUGCUUGAGGACAGCCUGGCCUCCCCUGUCUCUCACAUUGUGGACGCAUCAUCCCUGCAGCAGCAUGGCGUAGACCGUUGCUUCGCUCUUAAGGCUGUUCCCAUUUGUUUGGCUUCAGUACCGCAGCAAACAGCAGUAGCACCCACUGUCCUUUUUUUCUGCCGUCCUCGCCUUUCGCGCCUACCGCUAAUUAUACAGCACAUAAACUACAUCGAAAGUUCCUUUCCUCAGGCUCAGGCCUCAUUAAAAGCCGCUGGGGGGCUUCAAGGUGUGGCUACCCGGGCACCACAGGGAGUGUCCCAGCCCACCAGCAGUGACGCUGUGCUGUGGCGGUACCCCCUUCCGCCUGCCUCGUCUCAAAGCGGACGAAAAUAUGUCGUUGUUUUGGUUUCUGAGCCAUCGGAUUACAUAGCAAGUGAGCUUAGGCGUCUUUUGUCUGCUUGUACACCUGCAGCACCAGCAGCAGCAACGGGCGCAGCAAACGGUGCUUCCUCUCUACCUGCUGCUGCAGCUGCGCUCAUUUCAAACCUUGGAAACAGCCUGCUCCCCCUUGGUGCGACAAACUCAGCAGCCGCUGGCAACCCCUUUAGCAGCAGCAGCGGCAGCAGUAGCGUGAGUCCAGACUGUGUCGUGGUGACGCACUGCCCCCUGAGGCUCUUCCCGGUUGACCGCGACGUGCUGUCUUUAGAGAUACCGAACUUCUUCAGAGCUUACCACGGCCAAGGGGAUGUGUCUCUGUGCCGCAGCGUUGCCGCUGCAAUAGACGUGCUGCAGGAGCAGCAGCAACAGCAGCUGAUCCCUAACCUGCGCUGCAUUGGCAGCGCCGCGAAAGCCGUGAGUGACUUCCUGAUUCUCAAGCGCAAGCAGCAGCAGCAAAAGCAAAGGCUACAAGACCCUUGCCUAAACCUCAUUGCAGGUCCCAAGGAGCCGGUAGCCCUGCAAGUACCUCCUGUAUAUUCUGUCCUAGACGCUGAGGACUGUGGGGUUUCCCCAUCAGGCGUGUCGGCAGGCUGCAGCUUGGCUCCGGGUGCGGAGGUAGGUGAUGCAGCAUCAGCAUCAGGCUGCACAGGACAAGCGGCUCUGGCACUACCUCACUUACUGCACAUGUUAGUGCUUUUUGACCGUCGAGUGGACCUUGUUUCUCCUCUCUGCACUGACUUCACCUACCAGGGACUUCUCGACUCCAUCCUAGGAGUGGACGGCACAGGCGUAGAAGUGCCCAAGCACAUCCUCCAGCAGCAGCAGCAGCAACAACAACAGCAGCCGCAGCAGCAGCUGUGCGAGCCGCUGCCAGGGAGCGGCAGCAGCAGCAGCAGCCCUGGCCCAGGUAGCUCAAUUUUGAUAGAAAGAGGCCGAGGACAACGGGUUUCGCUGGCUGGGGACAGUCUCUUUAUGAGUCUACGGGACUGCCACCAGUCGCUCGUGGGCUCAAAGCUACACAAAAUAGCUAGUGAAAUAAAAGAGACAUACAUUCAGAAGGACGGCUUGCGGACCAUAGAAGAUAUAAGCUGUUUCAUGACCAAGUUCAAAAGAAAGCAGCAAGAACAUGCAUCACUGAGCUUGCAUGUCAAGCUAGCUUCCUUCGUCUCAGCCGUCUUUAAGGACCCCAAUUUCCACAACAGGCUUUGCCUAGAAGACAAGCUGCUGCAGGGCUCGGGAGGCGGAGGCCCUGCAGCUCUCCUACCCGGGCAGCAGCGCAGCAACAACUUAGGAGAGGCGUUUGAUCGGCUGAUUGACGAGUCAGCAGCAACCGAAGCUGCUGCUGCUUCUGGUUGCUGCUCCGCCGCUGCCACCACACUCGAUGAGGUGUACAGACUUCUCUGCCUCGCCUCUGUCACCGGGGGUGGCCUUAAACCCACGCAACUGAAGCCGCUUCUGCACGGUCUUGUACAGCAGCACGGUGUGCGCGAGCUGAGGCGCAUAGCCUAUCUGCAGCGAGUGGGAUUGCUUCGCGAACAAAACUCACAGAAAAAAGCGAAAGGUGCUGCAGCGGCCGUGGGACCCGAGGCAUGGAGGUUCGUCAGAGACAAGUGCCAACUCAUGCUCGAAGAAAAUGAAGCCAUGCAAGGCAUUGCGUACGUUUGCUCUGGAUACUCACCCCUGUCAGUCAGGCUGCUGCAGCUACUGCACGAGACACCUCUAGGAUGGCGUGCCAUUCCUGAUGUGCUGAACAGCAUGUGGGGCCCUGCCCUGGAAAUCAGGCAGCAGCAGCCGCAACCACCAGCGCUGCAGCAGCUUCAGUCACCAGUGACGCAGCAGAAGCAACAGCUUCAGGGCGAGGGCAGUAAUACGCCUUCUGCCCCCCCGCUACUGGUGCUGGUGCUGUACAUAGGGGGAGUGUCGCAUGCAGAGAUAGCGGCAAUACGAAGACUGAAUGAAUUGGAGAGAGACGGAAAAGUGAAAGCGGACAGGAGGCCCCCCAACACCAGGAUUCAAUAUCUGAUCCUAACCACAGAAAUAAUCAACACGAGACAGCUAUUCCACAGCAUGAUUGAUGAUGUAGACUAG